AUGCUUGAAAUGACCUUAGAGAUUCUGGCGCAAAAUCAGAAUGCUGAACCCGCAGAGUAUCGGGGGUUGUCGUCUUUCAUGAAACACGACUCUCAUAAGUUUGAAGGAAACUUUGAUCCGGAAGGAGCCCAAAGAUGGAUUGCUGACACAGAGAAGAUUUUAAUGCUAUGGGCUGCCGUGAGGAGCAUAAGGUGGGUUAUGCAACCUAUAUGCUAUGCGGAGAAGCAAACGACUGGAGGUGAAGAGGAUUUAUGUGCCCAGUUUGAGAAUGGGCUAAGAGUUGAUAUCCACACGGCUGUUAGUGUAUUUCAAGUGAUCGAUCUCCCUACACUGGUGAGUAAAUGUUGGGUGUAUGAAGAGAAUGCUAGAGGGAAGUCGGUAGACACAAGAGUUGGAGGACCAAUGAGGCAAGAUAGGAGACCUUCAAGAUUUCAAAGGAGAUCUUAUUCUGGCCCAGCUCAGUCUAGAGCGAGUAGAGUGACAACUCGCAGAGAGGGUGGUUCUAACUCCAAUGUUUCUCAAGAGCCAUUGAAGUGCUUUCGAUGUGGAGGACCCCAUAUGAUCCGAAAUUGCCUACAACUAACUACAGCAUGUGGUCAUUGCGAGAAAAUGGGACAUCCAACUGACGCUUGCUGGUUUGCACCACAAGAGAGCAGAAGUGUAAGUGGGAGUAAUAGGCUGGCGCCUAAUAGCAGUGGAGGAUCCCAGUCUAAUGUCCAAGGCCGGGUGUUUGCUAUGACUGGCUCCGAAGCAACGAAGUCAGAUGACCUCAUUUGA